AUGCCUUCAAGGCCCCGGCGGCGUAAUCGCCCGGAGAGGCUGUCGAGGCCUUAUGCGAUGGUGCACGCGGGUGUGAGAUUGAUUGCUUGGAUUACCAGCCUCGCUUCGAUUCUGAUGCUCGCAUUUGUUUGCAAAGAAUGGCCUUCCAAGAGUCAGGUCAUUAUCGCUGGUGCUGUCGGUUGUGCAAUUGCAAUGCUCAACGACAGCUGGGACGUGCUAGCAGUGACAGAUGCUUCAUUCACAGUCCCCAGAUUAGCUACCUCGAGAAGAGUCCUGCACGACUUGUUCUCUCUAGCUCUUUGUGUUGGCGGAAUCAUCAUGAUGUGGGUAUCAAACAUCAACAUCACCGAUGACAAAAACGCCGAGCAGAAGCGUCAAGAACAGUGGCUCAUGGCUGCCCUAUGGGCUUUGAUCGCCGUGGUUGGCUGGAGAUUAAUCUUUGCUGUUUGGGGAUGUGUGGAUUGUACUGGCGAGGCCAGACGUGCUGCGCGGAGAAGACAGCGACGGAGGGGGAGAGAGAAUGAUCCCUGGCGACAGAUGGGGAUUCUCUGA